CCCACGGACAAAGGGGGAGCCAUUGUCUUAUGGUCUAUAGAAGCUUACCUUAAGGAAGCUAACAAUCAGCUCUCCAACCCCCUCCACUACCGUGAACUAGAAUAUGAUGGAACACAAAUGCUAUCUACCCAGAUCACAACGUUCUCAACACACCUACUACUUCGUAAUCUUCUCACACAGCAAUGUUAUAAUUUCCUUGAACCAAGCCCCCAACCCCGCACCCCAGAAUUCUACCCUUUAACAAAAAUACACAAACCAAAGAUUAAAAACGGGCAGACCAAUAAUCUUGGGGUGGGGCUCACCCACUGAGAAACUCUCCAAAUUUCUUGACCAUUUCUUAAAACCAAUUGUUAAAACUAUACUCUCAUACGUCAAAGAUACCAAUCAUUUUCUCCAAUUAUUAUUGGUAAGAUUGUAUUUCACAGGGUACUGUGUGUCAUAAAAGAUCAUUCGAGCAAACAAAUCAAAUACCGUGCAUGUAACAAAAGGCAAAGAAAAUUAAUAUCCUUGACAGAAAACGUAAAUAAACAGCUGGAAAAUUUUAUUUAUAUAUGAAUAACACAACAUUUAAGGCUAUCAGAUGGAUCAAUAUCAUGUCCACUUUAAAAAAAUUCACUUAAAAAUAAUUUAAGUUGUUUUUCACUCUAAAAUAGUUUUCCAUCACUGAAUAAUUUAGAAUACUUUCCUUCUUUGUAGGAAAAUGAUGUGGAAAGUGUCGUCAAGAAGCACGCUUUUGAUGCACUUUAAUGAUAUAAAAUCGAUGGAGUCACUGAGUGAAUUUUUGCUUCAAUUUCAUGAAAGUUUACUCAGAGGUUUGGUCAAGCAAGGGCUGCAGAGUGCAAGACAGUGUCAACAAAUGAUGUGGAAACAUUUUUGUAUAAAACACAAAAAUUUUCCGAAUAAUGGUCCUGAUAUUAGAAAUUUUAUGGAAACUCCCAAAAACUGUUGUGUAAAGAUAGUUAACGUCUUUACUUUUUAUAAGAACACAGCUCAACUCUUUUCUGAGAAACUCUUGGUAAGAGGAAAGCUAGAUUGUUUUAAUGCUUUUUGAGUUGCGUGGAAAAAGUGACUAAAAUACAAAACUUGUCGACAGGGAUUCUUAACUGCAUAGGCAAUAUUGCAUGAAGAAAGUUGGAUGACGGUAGAGGACGAUUUCUGUAAAAAUCUGAGCCAGCUAAUUGAAAAACUCGUGCAAAAAAGGCAGCAAAGGUGGUGCCAUAUACUUGCAACCAUUUUUUUUACAAGGCAUAUGGUGUGUAUACAUUGCUACAGUAGGAAAGAAAACAUUUAUGUAAUUCAUUAUAUGUGAAAAAAAGUUUUCUAUUCAUUUAUUCAUGUCAGAUGAAACUGGCAGCUUGUGAUUAUAACUUUGUAAUUAUUUUUUUUUCACAUUCCAGUACUUUCACAUUGCUGUCUUAGAUUGGAAGACGAUUUGGUGGCAAAUGUUUUAAAUUGCAAGAAGCGUUUUGAAUCAAGUAUUGGGCAAAACGCACCUUUCAUGAAUAGACUUGAAAAUAGCAUCAUAAAAGAAACUUGCCGCAAAUAUGCUAAGAUACUUACAUGGCUAAAUUGGAAUAUCAUGGUGAGGCAAAAUAACAACCUUGUUGAAUUUGUGGCAAUAAAAUCGACAGUUGUACGAAAUGAGUUUUCAGAAAUCAAUGACAAGGUAUGAUUUAUGAUGUCUUACUGGAAAAAGGUUUCAAGGGAUAGAAAGAUACUGGAGGGGGAGAUAUGAGCUUUUUUUAGAAUGAAAAGAAUCAUAACUUUAACCAAGCAUUAUUGAUGAAUAUUCAUCAUUAAUAGAUGCAUUUCCAAGAGAUGAAAUCAGAGGUAAAGAAGCUUUCAAAUAAUAGCCUUUCACAGAGGGUUUACUUUUUAGAAAAAGCAAAAGAAGGUUGUUCAAAUGAAGCCACCAAUACUGAUAGUAUGAAGCCAUCAAAAGGUAGUUAUUUUACACUAAAUAUUGUUGUUGUUAAUUUGUUGUUUGUAAAAAUUGAAGAGAGCUAAUUCCCUGUGGUUGAGAAGGAGAUACAAUAUGACUUGUAUCAAUCCAUAACGAAGUUUUUGUAAUUAUUUGGAAUUGGUAGAUUCCUGAAAUUUUAUUCCCUAAGAUUUUGAAAUAUAAGUUCUCUAAAGAUUUCCAACCUCAAUAUUAUUAAUAAAUUUUCGUUCUGAGUUUGAGUAUAUUAUUAAAGGAUUUUUUUUAAAUCUGAUAGGGUUUCAGGAGAACAUUGCCUGCUCUUGAAAAAGCCAUGCUUUUUUGAUAAAACAAGAUAAAUAUCGUUCAUGCGAAUUUUGGUUAAAACUGGAACAAAAACAUUCAAGUUGAGGCUGAGCAAUACCAUUUGAUAUUCUUAAAAAGGAUGAUUCUUAUAUACAAUAUUCAUAUCAGAGAAAAAGACUGUAUGGCAUUUGGAAAUACUGUUCAGAUUUGAAUAUUUAAAAAUUGCGUGUUCAUGGUUUUUCAAUAGCAGACAAGGUUCCAUUGGCCACUUUUUCGAAAAAAAAACCUGAAAUGGCUGCAUUAUGGUAAGACUGUGAACAUUUUUUACCGAUAUUCCUUCCUUAUUUCCUGAAGAGUAUUGAAUCCAAUAUUUCAAGUAAACUAUUUUAACAUAAAUUUGGAAAUUGUCCUACAUAACAAAUAUCUUUUCAUGCAAAGGCUUGAAUGAUGAAACAUUUAGUAAUUUAGUUUUAAUUGAUGGUGUCCAUGGGGUUGAACAGUCAACUGAAGAAGCUACAGCGGCAGCUUUGGACCAGAAUAUGAUGACAAAACUCCUUUCCAUUCAAGAAACCGUUACUAAAAAAUUGGAUGAAGCUUUGUUCCCACUAGAUGAUAUCGACCCUGUCCAGGGAAUGGAAUGGCUCUCAAAUCAAAGGCAAAGAAGGGUAAAAGAUGCCUCAACCAGCCCUUCAAAAGAUGACUUGUUCGAAGAGCCACAAAGAAAUCCUACAGCAAAGAGAAAUCUCUUUGUCGAUGGGGCAGUGGGAAUUUGGAGAAAAUGUAUAAGCGCACAUUACGAGGAAAGUGGUCAGUCAUUCACACUAAAGGCUGAUACUCCAGUGCAAAAUGUGCAGAGGAAGAGGCAACCAAGGCAGGAAACCAAGCAGUAUGGGUAUAGAUCGAAAGACCAAGGUGGAGUGGCCUGGAAAGAAUUGGUUCCAUACCAAAUGCCUCAAAAUGAAAGGAGGCCCACCGAGUUGAGAUUGGUAUUGCCUUGACUGCAUCAGACACAAGCAAAAUACAAAGCCAGUCUCAUUCAAACGAAAAAGAAAAGAAUAGACCAAAAACAAUUCAAACUGCAAUUAAAUACAGCUGGUACCUUCUUUAUACAUCUCUGGCCAUUUACUCAAAUUUUUUCAGAUAGAAGAAAUUUUUUUUUAGUUUUUCUCCCAUGUGUUAUCUUUGAAAAAAAAUUUUCUGACUAAUUCUACAAAAAGUUGGACGGUCAUUGAAAUGAAUCUAUUUAAUCCAAAAAUCCAUUAAAAUUGGCACUUCAAUUCACAUUUUAAAAAAGGGAUAUUAAGUUUAAUUGUCAAUGCACAAUCAUUUACAUGACAGCUUCAAGAUGAUUUUUAAAAGCCUCUCACUAAAAACUGCCUAAGUUAAUAAGCUACAAACAGCUAAAGCAAGGAUGUACAGUAGGCAGACUUAAAUGAAAGACUGUACUGUAUGGACAAAGACUGCCUGGUUUUUAAGAUGAUAUUAGAAUCUUUUUUGAGAAUUUUUAAUAUUCAUACAUAAAAUAUGUGCUAGCCAACCCUCUCAACACCCAUACCACCCAAAACACCCGUAACACUAUGGAUGUGUUCAUGGAAGACUCUGAUUAGCAACUUGGAAUCGAAAUAGGGUACAUAGUAUUAAUAUUCAGACAGUGGUAACUUGAAACUAGAUUUUAAUGAAUUGUGCUAAUUCAAAUUAAUUCUCUCUUACUGAAUAUCACAAAUUUGAAUUUAGGGGAAUUCCCGCUCAGGUGCAUCAUAACUAAAGGUUGUAGGCAACCUGUUUAUUCGUCUUUAGAAAAGUCACUCAAAUCAUCCAGCAUCCCAAAUCAAUGUUGUGAUGAGAGUAAUUUUCCUUGCGUUCAUCCCCAGUUAUACCACAAUCAUAAAACCCAAUCUUAAUGCAAUGAUUAACUGUUGCCAUGAAUACAAGGCUAUCAAUGUCCAUCCAAAUCUCACUUGACUGUAGUUGUGAUGUAUGAUUACAGGAGAAAUAAGUUAAAAAUACAGUAUCAUUAGCUUCUCAAAUCGUUAAAAUGGGGCGUGUGCGACUGGUAUCAACAGAAAUAGGUGCAUACAUAAAGUUUCGAAAAGCCUCAGAGGUGGAUGAUUUGAUAAAGUAAACUGGAGUAUCGUGCUCCCAUAUAUACACGAUUUGGGCGAGUUCAGAAAGAAAAAAACAGGGCAUGGCACCAGCUGGUCGUGUAUGGCGAAUGAAAAAAAGAGUCUGUACAGAAACAAAUAAGAAAAGGUGGACGGCCAGAAAAACUAUCAAGAAGAAAUAAAUGACAAAUUCUUAGGCUGGUAGGUACAUUACAAAGGCAAAAUGCAAAAUGGACCGUAAAAAGACUAAUGGCCAGGGUCAACCUACUGGAUGGAAGAGUGGCGAGAAGAACAGUUUCACAUUUCCUUGUCCAGGCCCAUAAAAAGGGGCUUAUGUGGAAAGCUUAUAAACAAAAGCGAGUCCUGUUUGACAGAAAUAUGCUUCAAUUUUACCCCAAAGAUGUGUCGACACAAAAAAUUGAUUUCCAUUUGGACAGCGUUUACAAAAGAAACCCACGAGACCAGGCCAUGGCACCAGCUGGUCGUGUAUGGCGAAUGAAAAAAAGGGACUUCUUCAGGGCUGUACUGCCAAAGGACAGGCAUGCGGAACAGGAAGGAAAUGCGUUAAGAUGAUAGUUGCCCCCCUUGCGACAAAGGGGUUAUAAUAUGCCAAAGAUACGAAAAAAUGACUGGAAACUACUUUGCAGGUUUUCUGGACAAGCACUUCCAGAACAUGGUCAAAGAGGCUGGGAAUGGAUCUUGCAUGUGGGUUCAAGAUGGAGAUUCUUCUCAAAACAGCACAGCAUCAAGGGAGGCCAUGAAAGGAGUCAAUUCAGUUCUCCUGCCAAUUCCACUGCGUAGUCCAGAUAGGAACCCAAUAGAGAAUUUUUUUGGAAUUGUCAAAGUCCGUUUAAAGAUGGACGCAAUAGAAAGAAACAUCGAAGUUGAAACAAAAUAUUAAACAAAGCCUAUCUAUGUAAUGGUAUUAUCAUUUAAAUUUUCAUGUAUGAAAGUAUUCAAUAUAAAAAAGUUAGAAAUUAAUCAAUACCUACUAACUAAGUAAUAGAAUAACUAAUUGAAAGUUAUCAACUUGCAAAGAGUUCCUUGGGAGUUUCUAGGCAUCUGAGCCGAGCAGUAACUGUUCUGCAAAGCAGCGUUUGCAUUUAGAAAUUACUCUGAUGUCUCAUUCCUGAAUUUGUUAGUGAAAAAAUGGAGUAUCUCCAUCGACUGUCCAUCAUUUCAUUCUCCCGCUCACGGGUGCUUUUGUAAUGGCCAGGAUACCGUAUCGGUACUUUUCCAGUUGCAAAGAUGGGGGUGUCUCUAUUGAACAUAAUGUCCUUGGUAUAAGUGGACUUUGGGGCUGCAAAAUGGAUAGUUUGCCCCUCGAGAAGAGGCAACAUAUCUUGCCAGGCCAAUAUUUCCUGCAUAGCUGGUACUGGCAGGAUUAGUAAAUACCCUGAACAUAUGGUUUAGGGGGUCGAGCAUGAAUGUUUUUCCACAGCUGACAGGACCCACAAUCAUGAUAUUACGAUGUUUGCCAUGACCUUUUCUUAAUAGCUCCCUAACAGCAUCCACAAAACUUGAACCCAUUGUUUCUUAAAACCUGCCUGGCAUAGUUUAGCCAAAAACCACCACACAGAUGGGCACAACGUUCCAAAAGAGCUUCCCUCACGAUGGCCAUUCGCGACAUUGUAUUACGUGAAAUAGUAGCUGAAGCAUUUUGCAUUUUCCACCCACUCUUGAUCAACAUGUUUCUGCAUUUCGCGGGUGUUCCUAAGACAAAGUUGGCAAGAUCCACCUUUCCAAGGUCUUUUUGCUCCUUCGCAAGAGCCAAAGGUCUUUCUUGAUGUUUUCUUUAACCACUAGUUCGGCAACAUCAAUAUUUGACAGUCUCUGUGCCUUUGGCGAACUAGAAGGACCUGAACUUACCAAGUCAGAAUGUUCCUCUGUAGAACGAGAGCUGCCAGCUCGCAUCUUACUAGAUUUGGACGUAUGAGGUGAACGGCCAGAAGACAAAUCAGGGUGCCCAGGGCUGUGCAAUGCAUAAGAAUCUUCCUUAUUUAUAUGCACUGUGGUAAUUGUGGUGCAUCUUGUCUGCAAAGUGCACCGAAAUUCCAUGUGCGUGAAGUAAAAAUCAAUUUUGCAGAAAGCCACUACUUAUUCCCCGACAGCAAAAUUGCCAUGUGAGAAUGAGAGCCACAUUGUUCCACCUGGUGCUGUUCCUCGCAGCAUAUCAAGUAAUUUAACGCAGCCUUAGAACUUCCCUGAGAAAAUGCAUCUACAAUUGCAUCUGCAAACGAUUGUCUUGUUGGAAACUUUAUCCUAUCAGCCUGGCUAUAUGUGACGAUAUAACUUUGCCUUGCAGCUCUCGAAUUGAGCUCACUUCCACAAUCAGCGCCAGAUAUGGUCAGAAAUGUUUAUAGACCGAUUCUAAAACUGUGUGUUGCGUUUCAGAAAUUGUCCUGUCGACCCUUGCAUCAAUACUUUUAAAAGGUACGUACUUGUCAAAUUAGAACAGACCGUUUUCACAUUCAUCUUUGAAAACGAGACAGGCAAUCGAAAACGAAGUACUGUUUUACUGUUUUAUGCAAAGAACACUUCACUGCUUCUGAUAUAAAGCGAAAUUCAGUUAACUGGAAGUUGGUGGCUGAUGCUGUUCCUUCACUGAAGCUGUUCGUUGAUCCGAAGACAACAACUACAUAGACAACACAAGAAGCACCCAAGGAUCGUACUGCAUCUGUUUAUUCUAAACCUUCCUCUUCAACUGCUUCUGAUACCUGUUCUUUUGCUGAUUUUAAUGAAGAAGAAGAUGCUGCCUUGCCUGAUACUGUUGAAAAAGAGUCAUCUGUAUUUUCCACAUGUUAAACUCAGACCGAAUUUUGUCAAGCCGCCAGUUUACUUGAAUGAUGCUUCCUCUUCCAAUCUUAUGACAGAUCAUUGUUAUGCACCUCCUUUAUCUUCAACUGACGUGAGAGAAUAUGUCACUCUCCAACAGAAAAUUGAUGAACUGUCCCUUAAAGUUUUAGAAUUGAAUGCUGAACUUUCCAUUGCAACAAAAUCACUUUUCUCCAUUGAUAAGUUGAAAUAUGAUGAUGGGGCUGUCAAAUUUGACACUGGGUUUCAAAAUUUCUCUUCUCUGGAAUCUGUUUUUGAUUAUUUAGCACCAAAGUUGGAUAAUAUUUCUUAAUGGCGGGGAUCCAUGUCACGAUGUAUCUAAGGACAAGCAGGACAGGCCAAAUGAACAUGGGAAAUCUGGUCCCAAACGCAAGUUAUCUAACUUUGAAGAAUUUGUCUUGGUUUUAAUGCAUCUGAAAGUUGGUUUAUUUGUAAAUGAUCUUGCAGAUAGAUUUGGUUCUUGUUUUAUGAAUUCCCUUCUCUCUUUCCCUUCCCGUCUCAAGAACAAAUCCAAAAGUUAAUGCCAGAAGAAUUUAAACUGUUCCCAUCCACAUGAAGAAUCAUUGAUUGUACAGAAAUUUUUACAAAGGUCCCUUCAUCUAUGAAAGCUCAGUCACAAACUUGGUCAGAGUAUAAGCAUCACAACACCUGUAAAGCCCUUGUUGGAAUAUCUCCUACUGGGGCAAACACAUUUGUAUCUAAACUGUGGUCAGGCCGUGUAUCUGAUAAAGAAAUAACAAUUAAAUCUGGUCUCAUCUCUCUCCUUGAACCUAGUGACAACGUAAUGGCAGAUCACGGUAAUUUUUAUUUAAGCCUGCCACAUUUAGUAAAUAAAUUAAUUCAUCUUAUUCAGUCCUACUAUACAAAAAGAGGAGCAAAAGUCUUAAAUAAAGCAUAACAUAUAAAAAAACCCUUUUUAUUAUUAUAAUUUCUCAAAAUUUGUAUUAUAUUGUAAGUGAACAUAUGAUUAAUAAAUAUAGCACUGCUGGUGGCACAAUAACUUUUCAUAUUUAAUUUACAUUUAAUAGUGUAAAAAAUAGUUCUUUAAUUGUAAAAAUGUUGCUUACACAAGAACUUGUUCAUAUUUCCAUUACACAAAAGAUUGUAAAAAAUAAUUCUUUAAUGGUAACACUGUUGCUUACACGAUAACUCUUUCAUAUUUUUAUUAUACGAAAGACUGUAAAAAAUAAUCUUUAAUGGUAUCACUAUUGCUUACACGAUAACUCUUUCAUAUUUGUAUUACACAAAAGACUGUAAAAAAUAAUUCUUUAAAGCUCCAAUGCAACGAAAAACUGUUUUCAAAGACUUUCACUUAAUUAUAUACAAUUGAGGCCACUGAAAACGAAUCUGUUGUUAUUUUUGGUAGAGGGGGUCGGCAAGGCACUUAUAUUUAGAUGAAAAGUUGCCAUUCUUCUCAAAAAGCGGUUGACGCGGUCAGUUGACUCCUUUUCGACCCGUGACGUCAGAAGGUUUGCAAGCCUCCUGACAUUCUAAAUAAUGGCGGAAAGUAAACAGUCAACACAUACGAAGCCUUCUCGCAGAGGCGGCAAGUUUUGCGUUGCUGGCACUGCCAAUGGUAGUAGUUGUCAAAAUACUAGCUACUGCAAAGAUGUGAAAAUGCACUAUUUUUCCAUCGAACGAGGAACUUCGACGAAAAUGGGUAGCCUUCGUGAGAAGACAUCGCCACAAUUGGAAGCCAACUUCGAAAUCGGUACUCUGCUGCGUACAUUUUGAGCCUACAUGCUAUGAAAAGCGGCUGGACAUCGCUGGUAUACCCAGUGAACUACAAUUAAAGAAAAACAGAUUGCUGAAAGACUCUGUGCCGACAAUUGAUGCAGUUGAACGCCAAAUUCCGAAAGGGCCUACGGCAAGACAGCGAAGACAGGUGGGUUAUCCUAUAGUUUGAUUUUUAAAAUAUGUUUUAUUUUGAAAAGAGUUUAAGUAAAGCAUAUUCUUGCUGAAUGGUGUGGCAGUCUGAAUUAUUAAAGCGUUUGUUAAGAAAUGGAGUCCUUUAAUAGCUGAUAUGCUAUUCAAAAAUGUCCCCUUGAAGAUCAAAGCAUGUGUGCCUUUUGCAGAUCAAGCGACACGCGCUGUCAUCGUCGACAACAGUGGAUUUUGAAGAGCUCACGGAGGUAGAUCUGGAAAGCGAAAUGCCCCCAAAUCAAUGAAGAUGCUGAGACUGGUAUUGAGAUUCAAUGGUGAGGAUAAACUUUGGUUCUUGAAAAUAAUUUUUUUUUCUGGCAAUGAAAAUUUGAAAGUUGUUCUUGUACUUAUGUCUUAGUAACUUAUUUUUCAAAACAGACAUUGUAACUUAUACAUGAGACCUACUGCAGUUGUUGUACCAAUGAAAUGUACAUGGCACUUUUCACAAUAAAAAGGUUUUUCUUUUUCUUUUGUUGAAACUUUUUGCAUUCCUAUAAGUAAAAGGCUUUCCCUGCAGCUUUUACAUGCCAAUAAAAACAGUAAUAUAACUUAGUAAUAUAAAUUGCUGGUGAAUAGCUAAUUGUUAUUUUUAAAUCUCACAGUGGAAGAACAAGAACAGCUGCUGAAGGCACGGAAAAGAGCUGUAGAAGCUGGGUCACUUGUUGCCUCAGAAAAAAGAGAAAGAAUGUGCAAAAAGUGCAAGAAGCCCAUGAAAGGCCACACACGUCAAUCUUGUGGGGAACCUGUUGAUUUCUAAUGAUUUUCUUCAGUUUAUAUUUUUUAUUAUCUAAUUUUACUUUGAAAACUUCUUUGAGGCGAACAAAAUUAAAAAUCUAGGCCACAUCCUUUUUACUGUCAGAAAACAUUGACAUAGAGUAAAACAGCUGGUAUAAUUACAAACAAUCUAUUUCUAGCUAAGUGGUAAUAUUGAAAAGAAAGGAGGCACUGGUACUAGUAAAAACAAGAUAUUAUUUAUUCAAACAUAAUGAUACAAUUUAAUUAUUAACAGCAAUGAGAGUGUUUCAUUCUCUUUUUUCAGUUGUAGCAUAUCCUUUUGAAGCUGGACUUGGAAAUCUACUUCUUAUGUUGUUAUAUAUACAAGCAGGCAGUGGUCGUGUUUUGUUCCACCCUAAAUAACCAAAGAUCCACCAUAUGAGCCACCUGUAACUCACUGCUCUUAUAAACCUGUAAGAGGAAUGAUUGAGUGGCUUUUAGUUCUUACUAUUUUGCUUCAUGAAACCUAUAUAAGAAACAUUCAGUGCAACAAUGAUUUUGGUAUAUUUGUAAAUACUUAUAUGGAAAGUCUUUGUCAAUUCUGUGUCAUUGUUAGAGUCUAAUAUGUCUCAUUAAAGCAUCUAUGUUAUCUUGGAAUUUAUUUGGAUUCAUGGAUUUAAUUUGUUUAUUUGAUCAAAAUUUGCUGAAGGUUGUCUUUUUAAAAUAUUUCCUGCCAAUUUCCCACUGGGAAUUCUCUAUUGGUAAGUGAGGGGUGGGGUUAACACAAUUGGGUUCCGGCAACAAAAUGUGUCUGGUGUACAUUCCCUUGCCUAAGUGGAGUGGUCUAUUUUGAAGCUGUUUUUGAGAAAACUUGGCAAGGUAUGACUUAACAAAGUUUUAUUUUUGAAUCUUUCAUAAAUAUGCUGAGAACGAUCCCAUUUUUCUUACUAAAAGGGAGUUAAUAUAGGGCUCAAUUUUUAGGAAAGUAUACCUUAAAAAUCAACUAAAACUUGAAUUUUACUCUUAUUUUGCAGCCAGAAAAAAUUGUUAACAGCAAGGAAAAUAUUGAAAUGUCAAUAUACUCGUUUUCAGUUUGAUUUCCUCUUCUUCGGUAUGGUCUACCAAUUCUAUAUUUUAAAAGUGGUGCAACCAUCUUUAAAUUUGUCUGGUUUGUGAGAGCACUGUAAGCAGGGUGGUUAGUGACACAUUUUAUUUCAUCUAUGGUGCCAUCAAAAGUCAGUUUUCCGACUGCCUCUGCAAUGUCCUAGCUGCAGCGAAACUCUCUUGCACCAAUUAAAAGAUCCACUUUGCACUCAUUACAGCUACACCUGCAACAGGUUUUAAAAACUUUCAAAUACAAUUUCUGUAGACUGAAAUGCUUACUUUAUCAGGGAGUAACCUGUUCUUACUUAGAAAACACUUCACAGUGCAAGGCUGAGAAAAUAUAAGGAGAACAAUGGUAUUUGCCACUACAUGGAAAGAUACAACACAUGCAGGACAGCAACUGCCCUUCUCCUAAUAAUAAAGGUCGUAAAGUGCAAAUUUUCAAUAUAUUCUGUGUAUUUAGAGAGAUAAUUAUGCAAAAAUUUAUGAUUUUACUGUAAAUAAAGCACCCAGCUAAGGUAAUCUGCACACAAAAAAUUUCUUGAGUAUUUUACCGCAGACCCCCUUUUUGCCCCCCCCCCCAAAAUAAUUUUUCCUCUCGUAACAACACGGUUUUGAAAGGUUUAACCUCAAAUUUAACACGUUGAUCUCAGUUUGCUUAGGCCCACUGUUGUAAACUUGCAUUACCAACUGUUUCGUUUCUAACGCCAAAUUUAGGCCGAGGCCUAAAUUACUGUGUGGCAAAUUAUAUUUAGUAUACAAUUGCUUACCAUGAAUCAACAGCUUCGGUUCGCCGGAAUCUUUUCUCUAACGUUGUGUAGAGGAUUCCAUCUUCGUCUGCUUCAAUAUUUUCGUCACUAGCAUCAUCAUCUGAGGAGGAAGCUAAUGGCUCCCCAUCAUAUGGAUCGACUAUCGGUAAUAUUUCCCCAAUAUCCUCUCUAUCUGAUGAUUCAUGACUUGAAUCAGAUGCCGAUGUGUCUUGUUCACUUGCUGACAUCUUUUUUGACUAUGUCCCUCAAAGUUUCGCGAAUUUAUUCUUUUCACACUUCGACAACUUGCUCAACCCCGUACAACCGUACAACCACAAUGUAUAGUGACUGUUGUUGUUCUGAACUGCAAACCUUUCAACGUCACUAGUGCCCAGAUCCCUAAAAGCCUAGGUCGCCAAGAGCUGCCGACAUUGCAAGGCUAAAUGCCGAUAAUGCAGACGGAAGAUCGCAAAACAAACUAUACCAUGUGAUAGAGCAAGGUUUAAACCUUAGGUUUUGCAUAAAAAAAUAUUAUCAAAAAUUUUGUUGCAUUGGAGCUUUAAUGGUAACACUGUUGCUUACACGAUAGCUCUUUCAUAUUUUAUUUAAUAUUGUCAAAUACUUAGAUAAAAAGAUAAAGGAAAAGUACAUAAAAAUGAUAAUGUGGUAGCUUAUGGUUUACUUCCUCUUGAAACAUAAUCUGUUAUGUUCAAUUUGUGACAUAAUUCAAUUUGUGGGGUUAUCCCUAAUUUUGAGUUUGUUUGUGUGCUUGCUUAUCCAUUAUUUUGUAAAUAUCUAUUAAUGGUAUUGGAAUUUCAAAAGAUUGUAUUUAAUAUAGUGUGACAUAGUGGAAUUUGCCAAAUGACAAUACUAAUGAUUAUUACAGUGGUAUUUCUACUGUAGAUACUAAACACUCUAUACCAAGUCAUUUAUUAUUUAACAUUCACAAUAUUUAAACAAUUUAUAAUUCUAAAGAAAACUUCUCCCAGCCACCAUGAAGCUAUAAUUAGAGACCCCUUUUUACACGCUUUGUAAAGAAUUCGGGUAUUACAGCUCUGCGAUAGAAGAAGUUCAGCUGAAGUUUUGAACAAAAUGUUUAUCAUACAUAAUUGUUUGAAUGAACAAGGGUUGGUUAUCUCCAAACCAGACCACCAGAUCAACUUUUCCUAAUCUAGAGCAAAACAUUUGACCUUGAAUUUGGUAGUAAUUGGCAUGAUUCUUUUUGAGCUCUACCACAUUUGUCUUUCUUAAAAAAAACUUCUUAUCUGCAAUAGCGUCAUGGAGAGAAGAUUAAAAUUUUGAACAAGGACAUUUGAUUUCAAGUCCCCAAGAGUCUUGACCAUGCUUUACGAUACAAUCCAGGGGUUUUCAACCUUGUCUUCAUCUAUUCUACGAUGUGCAAUUUUACAAGAAUCAUGGCAAAUAUUCUUUAUGGCUUUUAACUGAACAUCAUCUUUGCCAAAUCUGAUCUUCUUGAUAAGAACUUCAUCAAUAGAUGCAGGAGAAACUGAAGCAAAAGAAGAUGGGACAUUCCAGGCUGCUAAUUUGGAAGUGCAAGAGACAGGUUCAGGGCAAUUUUGUAGCCUUUCCUAUUGAAAUCUUCCAAAGCAAAAAGAACUCCCCCAACAUGAUUACAAUUGCCAAGGCCAUAUAUACCAGCACCAGCAGGGCAUGUACAGGCAGCACAGAAAACAUUGCUAGAACCAUCAAGAACCACCAGCACUUUGUAUAAAGUAGACUUCAUUGAUGCCUUCAUACGCACAUCAAAGAAAGUAAAAUUUGAAUCCUUUGCCACAUCAAUUCUUUUAAUAUAUCCUUCAUAAAAGAACUGGAAAGAUUUGAGCUUUUUGUACCCUGUACUCUUCAACAUUAUAUGUUUAAAUUUGGUGGUGCGAAGAACAAGAUAAGGUGGUACAGAAUAAGGUCAGCCUUUGACCCAGACAUUCUUUCCUUGUAUGCUGCCAAAAUCGCUUUCAAUUCCUUGACAGUGAGAUCUCGAAGGUCAUCUAGACAAUGUACGGCCUUGUCUUCCGGCAACAAAGACUUGAACUGAUCCAUUUCUCAAUGAAUAAAGCAAAGCUACAACGAUACCAAACAACACGUAGGGCUUCUCCACUGUGAUCACAGGCCACUAGAAAAUCCUUACAACGUUAGCUUCGUUUUCGAUUUCCUGUCAAGUUUUCAAAUAUGAAUGUAAAACGGCUUAUUCCAAGGAAAAUCCGCCGAAAAAGGUGGAAGAGCUGCAAGGUGCACUUCAGAUGAGAUAAUUGAUGAUUUCUUGAUACCACGAAAUCAAGAUAGCAAACAGUUCCAAAAAAGAAGCUGUCUUCUUAUCUAGACAAUAACUGCAUGCAAGCAGGAUUACACCACCCAGAAUAUCCACCUCAUCACUCUACCUUGCAGAGGUCACGAAAAAACACACCCCAGAAAAGUCUGAAUAAACAACAGAGUUACCCAGACUCUCUAACUCAAAAGCAUAAAACUAGCCUGGUUGAAGACACCCCUGGCAAAAAUGAUGAGACACUUGCAGAAAAUUGAGCUAGUUUCAAAUCAUCCAUCCCCCUGUUCCCCCAAAUCAAUGUUGUGAUGAGAGUAAUCCCUGCUCGCGUUUAUCCCCAGUUAUAGCACAAUCAUAAAACCCAACAUUGACAUCGGGAGAAGGGGGUGUGGGCUACCAGUGAUUGUUAAAUAAUAAUAAGACAUUUGACUUCAUUUUUUGAAAAGAAAGUCUCAGCUAUUUUUGUCAAGAUUGUAGUUGGGGUAGUCAAGCAGGUAAGAGCAUAUGACGUAAGACCUAAAAUACUUGUUACUUCACAAUGUUUUCAUAACUGAGAAUACCUGUCUAAAAUGUCACUGCUUCAUUCGGGAUCAUCUUUGAAGCCUGUUUCACAGGGUGUCUAUCUGCACUUAUGGCGUUGGUCUAGGGGCGCUUAACUGAAAUAUCUGUGCACAUUCACACGGUGUCUAUUUGUGUCUAAGCAUGCACCAGAUCAGACGAAAACAUGCUGUAGCAGGUCUUUAAAUUUGAUUUUGAAAAGUAGAUAAGAGAUAAUUUGUAGAUGAUUUGGACAAAAGACAUCUUUCAUAGGAGGGCCCAACAUAAAUUUGGUUUGAAUAUUUACCAGAUUGGGUGUGGCUGUGAUGUCAUUGUGACGUCAUGGUUUUAAUUUUAUUAAAAGAAAUUAAAAAUUAAAUGUUUUACAUCAAAAUUUAUUGAAUCAGAUGAAAGAUCUCAUUGAUGCGAUUCGAAUGGUGGUAUUGGUUCGCGUGUAGCGAUAAAGGUUUAAUUUUUUAACAUUUUGAAAUGUUCAAACAUUCACGAAUUAUCAUGUUGCUGUCUGCCCAGUCGUCGGCCUGUCACUGUUUCUCAUUUAUCUUAUUGGUAGAGAAAGGAACAAUCAAAUCGAGCCGCUCUUUGUUCAUUUUUUUAAAACUUCAUUUUUAAACAAUGUAAUGGAAGUUUUUUUUGUUCAUAUCGAUUGUAUGCAAAUGAUCGAACGUUUAUGGCGAGUCAGUUUAUAGAACUAAUUUGCAUAACAAUUUCAAUGCUAUGGUUCAUUGUGGUACAUUUAGUUCUGAGGCAUGCCGCGAUCAGGAAGAUGCUUGUGCGAUCUUUAGAAAUUUACAUGAAUGAGUUAUCAUGUAAUACUGGAAAUACUUAAUUGAAUUGUUGAUCAAUUGAAUGUGAGCCGUUGAUCUGUUUGUUGAUAGAAUUUUAUAUCAUUUGCAGAUGGAUCGGUAGAACUAUCGGGGGUUGUUAAAGCCUCGUGGCGUGGUUGGAUUGCUUCGGCAUCGAGUUACUGAUGUUCGAUAAGUUUCUUAUUUAUUUUAGUUUGUAGUAUCUUUUAUGUCUCUAUUUACGUACUAUUAUUUUCAUGAUGGAUACCCUCACUGAUUGCGUGUACAGAAGCCUAUAUAGAUGUAUUUUUGAUUACUUGGUGUCAUAUAUAUUUUUUCGCUCAUUACACGUUUUGAUGCGUUUGAUGGAUUGAUGAUAUAAUUAUGAUUCGCUUCUUUUCACUUCAGGAUCAAUCCAGACGCUGAUGUCUACAGGCGGAUUUAUUUGCUGUAAUGUUUUCAAGGAUAGGACUUCCUCCGUUAUUUACCAAGAAAAUGUACCUACUUGAAAGGAUAGAAGAAUUCAUGUGCUGUUCGUGUGCGACAUGGCCCUUGAAUGGAUUGAACUAUAUUUUCAUAAUAAUUGGACUUUAAUGAGGACUUUUAACAUACUGGACAUUUAUGGAUUGAUUGAUUUACUAUUGUUAUUUUGUUUCAUUGGAAGUAUUUUGUUGAUUCCAUUAAGAUACGUGGCGUUCGAAAUUGGAAUUAUUUUUCGCGCGUUUUAACUCUUUGCUCACGCCAUUUCUAUGUAACAACAUUUGAGUCCUGAAAAAUUUUUUUUGCACGAAAUUCAAGGUAUGUUUAUUUUUUUCUAAUAAAUUUGUUCUCUGAGCUAUUAUAGAGCAUUCAUUAUAUUCCUACUUUGGAAAGGUAUGUUGUAACUAAAUCUAAAAUAUUUAUAUUGUCUUUUUUUGACGGAAUUUUGCAUUUUCUCAUACUUUUAAAUGGCUUUGGCCACCAUUUUUGUGUUACUUUAUAAAAAAUUUUUCCAGGCGAAUUUGCAAUUUCACCAAAUGUUUUAGAAAAUUUGAGUUCUUUGUGUGCAAAGUUGUAUAAAUAGUUGAAAAAUUUGACUCCUUGUAAUACACUGUAGCGAAAUUUCAGAAAGAAGAUAUUACGAAAAAACCAUGGAAGUUGCAAGUCAAGAAGAACGGCCAGAAACCGUCACAGUAUCUUUUAAAAAUGAAAAAAAGGUUAUUAUUUGCGUACUUCAUCAUACUAAAUAUAUACAAGUAUUUUCCUUUCAAAUAUUUGUAACUUACAUUAAAAAUCAAUGACUUUUCUUACAAUAAAUUUCAUGUAGUUGAUGGUCAAUCUUUGCAUUGGGAAUUUCGUUUCAAAUUUUACAGUAUUUAUUAGAUAAAAAAAUUUUUACUGUUGUAUUGUAAAACUUAAUAGUCACAUUCUUAUUCUCUUAGGAAAUACCAUUCGAAAAAAAAAUUGUAAACAUGAGAAAAACUGUGGCGAUUAUAUUGAAUAUUAUGUUAUUGGAUUAUAUUAUUGAAUAGAGAGAAAAAGAAACUCAAGGAACUUAGGUAUUUAUCUUAUCACAAUUGUAAAUCCUACUGUUGCACAGUAAAAAUUUGUUCAUUUUUCAAUUUAUAUGCUGCGAAUAUACCAUUCUUUAAAUUAUUGAAAUUAUUUGAAGAUGGUAUAUUUCAUUUCUGAUUGUUAAUAAAUCUUUUAAUAUUUUAAUAUAAUGUACAAGCCAAUAUAUUCAAUUUUUAUUUCUCUAAUUCUCUUUCAGACCAGAAUGACUAUUUUUAUCAAAAUAAUCAAGAAGAAAAGAAAAGAGCAGCAGAGGAGGGAAUUUCCUUUUUAUAGAAAGGAAUUUCCCUCCUUUUGUAAUAAUUUUUAUUCGGGAACUUUUCCGAAUAUGACUGUUAAUAAUAAUAAAUAGUUUUGUUCUUUUUAAAUAUGUUCCAAUGUUAAAUAUGUAAUAGUUUUGUUGUUUUAAAUGUUCCGCUGUUUGUUUGUUUCUUUUCAUAUUUUAAAUUAUGAAAUUUCAAAAUGAAAGAAAAAAACACAAAUUUAUAACUUAUCUUUAUAUUUUAUAAUUUAUAAUUUAUAACUCAAAAUAUAACUUAUCUGACAAAAAGUUCUUGAUUAUUUGAAUAUUUAUUUCAUUCACUCUUCAUAGAUGUCCGUAUCAGUUUGAAUUUAAUGUUUCUAUUUAUAUGUUAUAUUUCUGUUUAGACUUUUUGUACGUUGAAAUUUUGAAUUGUUGUGUUUAAAUAAUUAUAGAGAAUUUUAAAACAAUCCUUUUUUGCUCUUUCUGUAUCUAACUUCUUACACACAAUAUAAUUCUCUAACUGAAUUAACUAGACAAGUUUGGGUCCUGAUUAGAAUUUGCAGUUAUUUAUAAAGUAAAUAAAUUUGCAAAAAUUUCCAAUUUUAAGUUAUGCAUAUAAUGAAAUAGAAGAUUGGUCGCGGUUUCCAAUACAGAGGUAGCUGUCUAAAAAGGCAUUGCCGUCCAUCUUGUGAUUUAGUUUCAAAGCUUUAUUGUCAUAACUAACAAAUGAUAUAGAGUAGCUUUAGGAAGUCCGACCCUCCAUUUUGUGUUGCAAUUUCUAGGCAUUAUUGGUCAUAACUCUCAAAUGAUAUAGAGUGUGUUAGGGGCCAAAGGCUCAUUUUGAAGCUUUUUGCAAGGGGCAUCUUUUGAGGUGGUUAAUUUUCAGAUUGGGCGUGGCUGUCAUGUCAUAGUGACGUCACAGUCUUCAAUUUAAAUGAAUACAUGUUGAACCUCAAAAUGAAUAACACCAAAUGAAAGAUCUCAUCAAAGCGAUUCGAAUGGUGGUAUUGGUUUUUGUUUUAUUUUAAGAAUUGAUGAUUUAAUGAUGUUUUCACUUUUUUUGUAAAUCUGUGUCUAAGAGGCUCGACCCCUCAUUUUCUGUUUGACUUUCCAAACUUUAUUGUCAUAACUCUCAAACAGUAGAUAGUAUGUUAGGGGCCAAAGGCUCAUUUUGAAGGUUUUUGUAUGGAGAAAUUCUUAGGGUUGUUUUUUGUCGUUUUUGGGCGUGGUUGUAAUUUCAUGGUGACGUCAUAGUAUUGAAUUGCAGUGAUUUUUGAAAAACAAUCAAUUAAAUACAUGUUAUAUAUCAGAAAUGAUUGCAUCAAUAGAAAUAUCUCAUCGAAGCGAUUCUAAUGGUGGUAUUACUUUUCCAAAGCGUGAAGAGAUUAUUUUUUAUGAUGAAUUUAAAUUCAAACCUUCAUUAUUAGGUUGUUGUUAACCCUAAUGCGAGCCAUGAUCGUUUGGCAGCUACAUUUUAAACGAUUGAGGGAAUUUGUUUAUCUGUUAUCUUCUUAAUUGUCAAACAAAGUCAGAUUAUCUCUUUUGUUCUGGCUGAUUGUUUACAUAAAGAUCAAAUAUCCCAUCCAGACAGCAGGUACUUUUGGAGUUCGAAUUCGCAUGUGAAAUUCGAUGCAGCCGUUGAUGGAGUUUGAAUUCGUAGUGGACAUGCGGUGAUCGUGUCAUCGUCUGAUUGCCUAGGCGAUCAUUAUUAAUCUAAUUGCAUUGGCUUUUGCACACGAAUUACUUCAUUACUUUGCUAAUCAAUUGAAUAUGAUCCGAGUUUGAUAGGAUUUCAUCUCAUUAUCAGACAUGGAUCGUUCGACAUUUAUUUUGUGUUGUUGAAGACAGCAUGGUUGGAUUAUUCAGGCAGUGAGUUCAUCGUUUUUCGCUUAGUGGAAGAAAUAGUGGAUCAAUCGGAGCUUCGUGUUGCGUACAACUAUAAUGUGGCUGACCCCGCGUGUUCCAACCGCUUUAAUUUACUGAUUUGGUUCGAUCGAUUAUCCUCAUGGAUGGAUUUUCUUCAUUGUGAAAACUGUGGACAAAGGGAUUUUCCGUUGCUUACAAGGAGAGUAUUAUUUACCAAGAAAAUUCCUUGGAAUGGAAUGGAACAAUUUUUUAUUGCAACUUGGACUCUGUCAAAGUGAGAUUUAUUGUCAAAAUGGUUAUUCUGUAUACUUGUACUUUAUUGAGGACAUCUAUCAAUCCGACUGGACAUUUAUGGAUUGAUUAAUAUAUUGCUGUUAAAUAGUAUCACUGAUAAUUGGAUUGUAUAUCAUUUAUUUCCAUUGAGAUUCAUCUGGUUCGAAAUGGUUUGUAUUUUUCCCAUACUGGUUUCCCUGUCUGUGGCCCGCGAAAUUUGUCUUUGCUGACGCAAUUUCGCCUUGAAAUUGUUUUGAGGAGUGAAGAGAAAGAUUGAGCAGGAAGGUAUGUUUGUAUUUUAUAUAAUUUUUAAUUGUUCUUACUAUAAUGAAGCAUCAAUGUUAUUGCUUGAAUAUGGUUUACGGCCAGAAAUUUUUCAUUUCUGCUUUACUCAUGAUUUUUCUAACUCAGAAAAUAAUUUUCAUGGAUUUUAUUCUAUCGCUAAUGUCCCUAAACCAUGUUCGCAUUAUCGAGAGGAAUUCUUAUUAAUAGAAAUUUAUCUAUUCUGAAAUCAUAACAUUUGUUAUUUUUCUGCCUAAUACUAUAGCUUUAGAUUAUUUUUUCAAGUACAUUUAUUGAAUGAGUUUGUAAACAACAUUAAUUUGUCUGUGCACAUUAAUUAUGUUAAUAUCAUAAUUGGAGACUUUUGACUUCAUUUAUUUGUUUCACCAAUUCAAUCAAAGUUCAAUUUAUCAAUUACAAUAAAGUAUCACAUUAUUUCUGCAGAUAAAUUAGCGCAGAAAAACAUUUAUAAAAUCAUUUCAAAUUUUGGUAAGUUGAUUGAAAGCUUCAAAUACUUCAUAGCUUUUAACAGUUUCACCGAACAGAAUUGCAAUAAACUAAAUGUUAAGUUUAGUUGAUAUUUCCGUUUUAUUCUAAUAAGAGAGUUAAUAUUGUCUUUCACUUGAUUGAAACUCGUUGGGUUUAUGAAGUCAUUUCUAAAGAUUAUCAAGCAAUUCCCAAAUCAAUUACAGUUCAUUAACUAAAAUUUCAUAACUAGUAAGUUUUGCAUAAAAAAUUAUAAAUUGCAGACCUUUCCCUGCUUAGUAUUCUCAAUAUGCUAAAUUUUCUGAUCAUUUGAAUGAACAUUUGAAAUUACUUGUACUGAAUGAAAUGUGCAAUUUGACUUAACACAGAUGCAACCCUUUUCCCCAUAAGGUACAUAGGCAGAAGAAAAUUUUAUCUUUUUAUGUGGUAUUGAAAUGAGUAUAAUAAUUAUUGGACCAUUCAGAAUUUAUUCAUAAUUUAUAAAUACAAGUUAUACUAUAUUGCCCCUCCACAUAAGGUGUACACAAUUUGCAAUUUUUAUACAAUGCUAAAUAUACAUUGUUGUUGUUUUAUCAUUUUAAGGCAAUUUAUUUAUAUUAUUCUAGUAUUUCCAGAGCAUUUGGAAAUUUGUUAAGAGAGAUAUCUGACAGAGAGAAUUAUUUAUGGUAGGGCCUAAUUGCAGAUUUUAGAUGCAACAGUUGCAAAAAAGCUGCAACAGUGCUAUCCGUUUUUGCUCCAAGAGAUUGUAAAAUUGGAUGGAUAAAAAGAUUCUGUAAUCUUCACCCAAAAGCAGCAGUUCCUGCUGGAAAUACAAAUGCAGCCCAUUUGACACCCCUUCUCUCUUUUUCGAGACAGGCAUAGUCAUUAUCCUGGAAUCCUGCUAGCAAUUUUAACAAGUGUAACAAGAGAAAAGUCAGACUGCUCUCUAGUGGAGUAAAAAGCUUAGUCUAUGGAACUGAUGGAGAAGUGGCAAUGGAAGCAGCUAUCAACAAUGUUUCCUGUCAACAAUCUUCACACAUCUGGCUAUAAUAUUAUUCACCUGAUGUGCUUCAAAUAUUCACCUGAUGUGCUUCACACAUCUGGCUGAUGAGACUAGAAGAUUUCUCAAAGGAAUUUGUGCGGAAAAGGUAACAGAGACGCUAACAACAGUAUUGGGAGAAGAGAAAGAUGGCCCUAGAACUGAAGGUCUGGUAUAUGCUGAAAAUGAGGUCAUAUUUGAUGAACUUUACAAGGAAAGAAAGAAAGUAGAGUUCAACAACUGAAAACAAAUGGUAGGUCUUGUUCUUUUCUCGAGACAGUAAAGAGGUGCAUGUUGAAGCCAGUUUGGCGAUUGGCAAACUGAGGAACUUUGCCUGGGAAUUCCUUUUGACGCCUGGGAAAGACAUCAGAACAUUGAUACCAUGGAAAGGACAGAGAAAAACUGAAUUGCAAUUUAGGGGCAGAAUGUUUAUAUUGCUCAGGGGUUUAGUGAAAACCGCCACCAUGGUUGGCAGUGAGAAAAAUUCUGAAAUAUGACAUUCUAAGGGUGGCCAGAAAAUGCAUAUAAAACAUUUAAAGCAUUGAUAAGAAAGAAAGUUAUUUUCAAAAUUAAUGACCAGAUGGUUGGAUUUUGAAAUAACAGAUUUUUUCUGGUGUUGACAAAAGAGGAGUUUUCUAUCUAUACAUGUCAAACUUUGUGUAUAUUCUCAUGCUUAUGAACUUUGCAAGGCAUUUAAGAGGGUACUAUACAGUUUUUGAAGUAGCUAGGUCAAAAAUACUGAUUUUUGAUUACAAAAAUCUAUGCAGAAUCAGAUACUGCUUUCCAUUUUUAGCAUAGAGAACUUUAAGUUCCUAAAACUCAAAUUUUUCAUCCCCAACUAUCAGAAAAAUUCCCUAGCAACGAAAAUUAGCAGGUUGCUAGGGUCAAAAUAAUAGUUUCCCACAUCUUAUCCGACCUCCUUUUUCACAACUUUACGUUCUGGGUCCCUCAGCCAUAGCAACCUUCGCGUUCUAAUCUCUGUUGGCAAAUCUGUAGCAUGUACUGUGAGAAAUUUUCGGAUUUUGCUAUUUAGAAUUUCGAAUCAAUGACACCAAGAAAGUUUAAAAAGACGAAGGAGCAAAAAAGGGUAGAAAAAAGGUAUUAGAAGGAUCCAAAACCAAUAAAAAAACCGAUGAUGUUAGGCCACGGUUGUCAUUUGCUGGAGCAGUUAAUCUUGUCAAAGCAGAAAAUCUGACUACAGCAAUUGAUAAAAAGCUCCUAAAAAGCUCAUUUUCAGAAGAUUGAGAGAACAUUCGUGAUGAAACAAAGAUUGAUGACGGCAAAGACUGAGAGGUUAGGCCCUGUAAGAAAAACAAAAACUGUCAAUGAUUGUGCAAUUAUAUACCUCGCCUGUCUUGAAAGUUUUUUGAAUAAUGCUUGCAAAAUUUGCCUAAAAAAGAAGUCUACUUUCACCUUGUUCUCAAAUGAAGAAAAAAGAGUGGUUUAUCAUUACAACUAAGCCUCAAGUGUUCACCAUGCCUCAAUGUAGUUUUUUUUAACACCAGCAAAAAGAUCAAGAAGGGUGCAUUCCAAGUGAACCGUGGAUCAGUAUUGACAGUGAAUUCUCUAAAGGGUGGAAGAAAGAGUUUGGUUAGCUUUUGUGGCAUGAUUAACAUGCCACCACCUGUAACAUACAAAGCUUACAAUAAACAUCUAAAGGUCUCUGCUACAGCUGCAGUAAAUGAGGCAGAAAAUUUAUAGAUAGAUGCAGCUAAUCGAUUGAGAAACUUGAUGCUGAAGGAACGCCCUACAAUUGCUGAAGAUGAUGAAGAUAAUGCUGUUCCUGUAGCUGUAUUAGUUGAUGGAUCCUAGCAGAAGAGAGGAUAUUCUUCAAAGUUUGUUGACGUUUUUGUAAUUAGAGUAUUGACAGGCGAAAUUUUAGAUUAUGAAGUCUUGUCAUUAUUUAGCAAGGAAUGUAGUGUUCAUGAGAAUAGUCAGAAGGACAGUUAGCACCAUUCUCAAUGGAAGGAAAAACACGAAUCACAUUGUUCCAUCAAUUUUGAAGGCUCCUCUAGAACAAUGGAAGCUGCAGGGGCAGCCAAAAUUUUUUGCCGGUCAAUUGAAAAGAGAAAACUCAAGUACACCACUUUCAUUGCAGAUGGAAAUAGAAGUAAAUUUCAAGUUGUGAGUGACAAAAUCAAGAAACAAUUUGGUGACAGAUGUUGUAUAAAGAAAAAAGGGUGUCUGGGAAAUAUCCAGAAAAAAAUGGGGAAUGUACUGCAAAAUUUUUUAUGUGAUAUGAAAAAGAAAAAGGACAGACAAAUUUGAGUUUCCCUUAGUGUGAAACUGAAUGAAACAUUAAGCUCUACCACAUGAGCAACAAGGGGAGGGCAAAUUCUCCUGAAAUUAAUAGACAGGGAGCCUGUAUAUAAGAGACACUAGAGUAUUGGCCUCUUCUUUGGAUCCAUCUUCUACUCAAAACUUAUCACUGGUGCUGUGCCAACUUUGCACAAUUUAAUUUUUUCAUUCCUUAAAAAGGUUAGUUGUAGCCUUAGAGGGAAUAUUUUCCAACUUACAAAAACACAAGCAGUGUCAUCGUGAGCAAUUCACAUUGCCUUUAUUUAAAUAUCUAAGCAUUGCAAAGCGUCUAUUCUGAGGUGUAGUAAAGAAAACUUGCUGUCGAAAAAUGUUAUGGCUUGUUGAUGAAAUUCUGGAACUAUUUUCGUCUCACCUUGUAAAUAUCAUUAACAUUGUUCACAGAGUAUUAUUUUAUUUCUGUUUACUAGCCCUUACAGUUUCAUAUUCGCUUCCCAGAUUUUACUGGGCACGUGUCAGAUAUUGAAGAACUGACAGAUGUGAACAUAAGCUCGUGAUACUUUUACCAGUUGCAGACAUUUUUCCUAUCUGUUGUAACAUUGUACUUCUCAAUAUGUUUUCAAAGACGUACAUACAAGAUGGCAUGUGCACAUGUGCAACUUGUUACUGGUAAUACUGCAAGAAUUUGUUAAAGAUGUUAGGAGUUUUUACCUUAUACGUACUGGAGACAAUUUGCAUAAAGAGGAUAGUUACUGUAACAAUAAGGUAAAUGAAGAAUGUUCAUCUAGCAGUAAAAGAGGAAGCCCUGCGCCAACGCAGUCCCACAGGCAAAGAAAAUCUAAAAAUUAAAACUUCUAAAAGCAAUACAAUAAUGCCUGAAAACAUACAACGAUUGAGUGUUUAGUUAAUGUCAGAUAGAAGAUUAUGAAUGCCACACAGGGUUAUGGAAAUGUCAUUGCAAUCAAUGACAAUAUGUGGACUGACAAAGAAAGGUAGAGUACUUUGGAAAGGGCAACACAGAUCCAUCUUUCAAAGAGCAGCAAGUUAUCGAAGAAACUGAAGCUAGAGAAAGAGGAGAGAAAUGAAGAAAGUAAAGAUGACUGUAUUUUUUUUUAAAUUGUUAUUUUAGACUUGUUUUUGUGCUCAUUUUGACCUUUAGUGGCAUUUCUCUACCUACUCCUUUUCAUUUUAUUGGUCGCUGAAUUCGAAAGGAAUACAGAUCAAAUAGUGAGAGGUUUUUUUGAAGCUGUACUGAAGCCAGUGACGCUGCAUGCAAAUUUCUCAACAAAUUGCGGGGUCUACAAGUAGAAGUAUUUUUUUUAAAUUCCUGAUAUCUUUAAGUGUUAACAAAAAUAUUGUUUAUUUUCUUUAUUAACUAAUUAAAUUCACUAACUUCAAAGAAGAACAAGAAUAGUUUAUUCGUCAAUUUACUUGGUUUCCUGUCAGUUUAUUACACAAAAGAUCUCUUUGAAAGCAGCACCCUAUAGUUCUUGACAGCAGGUACAAGAAACAACAGAUAAAAAAGAGGUUCGGAUCACAUGCCAUCUUACACUUAAUGUAAUGAAGACAUGCAAAAUGCUGCGAUUGACACAGAAAUGCACAAACUUGUAAAUAACGGCUCUCUCAUUCAAGGUGCUAUAAAACUAUGAUGGUAAAUAGGUUGUGCUAUGUAGUUUUAAGAGUUCGUCAGCUGUUUGUUAGAAUUAACCAAACACAUCUAAUAAAGACAGUAGUAAGUUAACCUUUACAGCAACAUCUUGGAACUAAUAUUUUCUGUCUGUUUGUCUAAGUGAGAUUGAUUCAACAAUACAGAGAACUAAACUAAUUCCAACUGUUGCAAAUACAAAAAGGUUAUUAAAUGCCACAAAUAAUAAUUACCAUUCGUAAAAAUGGCUUACUGGAGUCAGUGGUCAGUUUUAAUAUUGGCCUUGGGGAAAUUUUAUAUUCUUUCUUUUUCAUUCCUUUGGAAACUGUUACAACACAACUAGUAAAUGUCCUACUGCUUGGAAAACCUUAAUCUUUAAAAGUAAUGGUUUUGAACCGAUGUUAUUACUACAAAUUUAAAGGGGCCUCUGGUGCAGUGCUAGCAAGUUAAUUGAUGACAAUAACAAACUAUCCAUUUACAUGGUUGUUCAUAGUGGUGCCUAAAUUUACAAUAUAAAAUAACGCAAUGAAUUUUUUUAAAUACAAAUGAUAAGAUCAUUACAUAAUACCUAUGAACCUUAUAACAUGAAUCCAUAUAACUUUUGGGAUGUUCAGUUAGAUAUUGUGGAGCGUUUCCUUGCAAGCAUUUGUGAAUCUGAUUUACUCUGUGUACAAAUCGUCUCUUAUCCAUAGCUAGUCAGCCCAGCUCACUGAUAGUUGAUGAAAUACUUGCAUACUUUCGCUCCUUUGUGACAAAUCUUGCAGCAAAGAUUUGGAUUCACCGAUUGAUGAUGAUUCACAGCUUUGAUUUUAUUUUCAAAGCAAAUACUUUUUUAAAUGGAUUUGGGUUCAAAUUGCUGCAUAUUUCCCUUGGUUAUUAUUGUUUAGAAGAAGACAUCCCACCAACAGAUAAGGCAUUCGCUUUCCAGAUAUAUAACAAGAUACGGUCGAGACUUUGUGAGAAAAUAUGUCACCAUUUAUUAGCCAAUUCUUUUGGAGCUAGCCUGAGAAGAGCUAUAGAGAGCCUUCGUUUUGGGGAUGUUGUGGCAAGAUUGGGCAAAUAAAGCGAUGAUGAAGGCGCUACCUUCCCUUGCCAGUUAAGGCCUCUGAGCCCUAAUUACGCACUUUGGGCAGAUUCAUCUGGUUUUCUUUAUUGAUUUUUCAGUUCACAUAUCGCUCUUUCCCUACGCUGAUUUCCCUUUUUGAACUCUUUCAAUAAUUCAUUCUUUAAUCGGUUAUGUCCUUCCUUUUGGUUGCUGAAAAGCUAAUAUAAAUAUCAAAUGCUCUGCCCUCCAAUUUUUUGGUGAGGUUUUGCACUGCCACAUCUUCCUCAUAACCUUUCAACUACGAUUGUUAUUCAACUUUCUCUGUAAGCACCACGACGGCACUAUUUCCAUCAAAUCCUCUCUUCUUUGAUUCUAUGUUCUAGACUUUUGCUGUAGCAAUGUUAUUUAAAAUACCUUAGCUAGAUUAUAGGAUUAAGCUUUACUUACGAGUGCUGCAGCAGCAUGAGGAUAUAACUUACACAACAGGAAAUGACUACAAACUAAGCAACUCACAGGGGAGGGAUACUGAACAUUGUAGCAAAGCAAUGUUGAAACUUCCCAGCAUCCAAGCAUCAAUCUGGUGACUUUCAUGCACAAUUAUUCAAGUGGGCUGAGAGGCAAACGUUUUUGAAUGGAUUCAUUAAUUAGCAAACUAGAUAUCAUUAAAAGUAUUAUCUUAUGUCAACCUAUGGUCACAUUAUAAGUUAAUUAAAGUCUCACUGCCGCUGUAUACCGCCCACACUGAAUUCUAUUUCGUUACCAGCUUACGUCGUUACGUAAUUGUACGAGAGACGCCAACCAGUUGUGCAUGCCUUGCCGCCGCCAGACAACGUGUUCGUUCCACUCGUGGUUUUUUCUCGUCGGAUUUCUGCAGCUUGAACAGAUAAGUUUUCAUAUUUGUACUCAAGUUAAUUUCUCUUCCUUUUACCGAAACCAUGUCUUCUGAUGACCUCGAUAUUGAGAUCUCAGAAGAGCCAUCUACAGUUCCCAAGCCUGAUUUCACCUUUGAUCCGAAUCUUCUCAUGACUUAGAUGUCUCAGAUGGAGCAAAGGUUAAGUGAGAAUUCAAAAAUUCUGUCAUUUUUGGACGACAAAGACACAAACUUUUCCGUUUCAAAUGAAGCAUUUGACCCUGCAUGUAAAAGGGCAAAAUUGGGUCUUAAUCCCUCAUUUGUAGCUUCCCGGAAAGCACAUCCUGCCGCAUCACUGAAUGCAAUUUCAGCAGCUACAGAGAUAGCAACAGCCACUGCUGCAGAGACAGCAACAACUUUCCUUGCUGCAGAGACAGCAACUAAUGGGAUGGGAUCUCCCAACAUUGACCUAUCAAAUGCUCGUCCCUCAGAGGAGGAUGCCUUACGUUUAUUUGGAGGGGCGCAAUUUGAUCCUUCUGAUCCAUCAGAGAUGGAAAAUGAGGCCCUACUGACCCCAGCUGGCAAAAAUUAUCGAUGGAAAAUUCGGCACAGAAUUUGACCUGUCCAAACGGAAAGAAAUUUUGGACAAAUAUCCCUCUCCUGAAAAUUGCCAAACACUUUUUUCACAGAAGAUAAAUCCGGAGAUCUGGGGUAAAUUCAACCCUAACUCUAAACGGAAUGACAUAAAAUUAUCUGUUUUGCAAGAUGGCCUAAUAAAGGCCACAUCAGCAGUCUCUGUUGCAGUAAGUGACCUCCUUUUUGCCAGAGAGCAAAAAACCACACCUGAUUACAAGGCCCUUAUUGGUAAAUUAAUUGAUUCAAUUGUUUUAAUUGUCGUAAACAGGGAACUCACUUUUAAACGCAGGGACUCCCUCAGAUCUUAGUGCAGAAUUUAAGCAAGUUUGUUCCAGGAAUAUUAAGCCUGGCAAUUUUAUUUUUGGGGAUGAUCUACCUGAAACAUUAAAGCAAAUGAGGGCUACUAACAGAAUUGUUAGCAGCGCUACCCCAUUGUUAUCUUCAGGUUUUUCUGCCCCUCGAAGUUAUGGCCCAAGAACAGCCGCAUUCCAGUACCAUCAUGGUAUAGCACCAACUACUCCACGUAACUCUUUUUUAGGGUAUCGGGGGAUGCCAUACAACCCCCGUCAAAACAUUCGGCAGCAGCAAUUCACAAAAAAGAAGUUUAUGAAGAACUAAUUAAAGCUAAAACACAGCUGCAUUCUGACAACGCUUCAAAAGAUCAAGAGGGAAAAGGCUACAGGAGUUCUGAUUGUACCAAAAUGGCCAACACAGUCUUGGUAUCCCAUUCUAUCCUCCCUGCUUGUCAGACCACCAGUAGUAUUACCCCCAUCUGCCCAGCAUCUGACUCUUCCAGCAUCUCCAGCCCAAAAACAUCCCUUGUACAAGAAAAUGACCAUUCUUGUAUGUUUAUUGUCAGGGAAAAGUUAAUGUCCCAAGGUCUAUCCCCUGCUGCCAUUGAAAUAAUAAUGUCAUCUUGGAGACAGGGUACCAAAUCUCAGUAUCAGUCAUCCUUAUUGAAAUGGUUGGACUUUUGUAUUGACCGCAAGAUUGACUUUUUUGUCCCUUCAGUACCCCAAGCAAUUGAAUUCCUUUCCCAUCUUUUCCACAAUGGGUCAUCAUACAGUUCCAUCAAUACUGCAAGAUCAGCACUUUCCCCAUUCUUAUCAUUUGGUAGUGAGACCCCAUUUGGGCAAUUACCCAUUGUUAAACGCUUCAUGAAAGGAGUAUAUGAGUUAAGGCCUAACUUCCCAAAACAUAAAGAUAUUUGGGAUUUAAAAUUAGUUUUUGAUUAUUUUCGCAAGCAGGAUUUUGCAGUACAGUUGAGCCUAAAGGACCUUACACUGAAAGUUACAUUCUUGUUAUUCUUAUUGAGUGGCCAGAGAUGCCAAACUAUUCAAUACUUGAAUAUUGAUCUUAUGAAGAAGUCUUCAAAUAAAUAUACAUUUUAUAUAAUGAAGAAAGUUAAGCAGUCUCGUGUAGGCAAGCAUACAGCACCCCUGCAAUUCUUACUU